GCAAUUUCAGACUUCCUGCUUGGUGCCCACAAUCAGAAAGAGAACAGAUAGACGAAAGCCAAAAAUGGCGUCAGAAACAGAGAGCAAAAAGCAUUAUGUUCUGGUGCAUGGUUCUUGCCACGGCGCUUGGUGCUGGUACAAGCUCAAGCCACGGCUGGAAUCCGUCGGCCACCGCGUCUCGGUGGUAGACCUUGCGGCUUCUGGCAUCCACCCCGCCAAAAUUGAAGACCUUCGUUCCUUAUCGGAUUACUCUGAGCCUCUGCUCAAGCUGUUGGCCGACCUCCCUGCCGGAGAAGAGAAGGUGGUUCUCGUCGGGCACAGCUACGGCGGCAUGAACAUAGCCCUCGCCGCCGACCUCUUCCCGCACAAGAUAGCGCUUGCCGUUUUCUUAACCGCCUUCCUUCCAGACACCAACCAUAAACCAUCCUACGUCUUAGAACAGUUUCUAGAGAAGAUCCCAAAUGUUGCAUGGUUAGACACAGAGAUCUGUGAUCGUGGGAGCUUAACAACUUUGUCGUUUGGUCCAAAGUUCCUGUCCUCUCAUCUCUAUCAACUCUGCUCCAAAGAGGAUGUGGAAUUGGCAAAGUCAUUGAUGAGGCCAUCGUCCUAUUUUGUGGAUGACUUGUCUAAAGCAAACAACUUUUCUGAAGAGGGAUUCGGAUCAGUUCCACGAGCUUUCAUUGUUUGCAAUCAGGACCUGGCAAUUCUAAUGGAAUUUCAAUUAUGGAUGAUCCAAAAUUCUGGGGUUAAUGAAGUUCUGGAGAUUAAAGAUGCGGAUCAUAUGGCAAUGCUUUCUCAGCCCCAAGAACUCUGUGAUGCUCUCCUUUGCCUUGCUUCUAAAUAUGCUUAGAUUCAUUCAUGUUGCUCCAUGUCUUUCUCUUUUAAAAAGUACUAAUUGGAUGCCAAGAGAAAGAGACUUCAAUAAAUUGGAGUUUUGCAGGUGUGUGUUUAUACUUUUAUAGUUUGUGAAAUGAACAUUUACAAAAACUGAAUUGAGCUUUUUGUCUAAAACUAGCUACUUUGACUUGCAUAUGGUUUUGAACAAAAUUUAGAAAAUAAAAUAUUAGAGAAGUUUCAUUGAGGCA